UCAUGUCAAAGCCAUAUAAAAGCCUUUGCUUCAUGUUCAAUCGCUAUCAUAGCUCGCCACGACUCAUCUCGUUUUGUACCACGGUACAGCUUUCACGACAAACGGAAUCACCUCGACUUCAGGACGCACAUCAAAAUCUCCACAAUGGCAACCUUGGAUGCCCAGGAAAUCAGAGAAAUAAUUGAGCGCUUUCGAGUUCUGAUCGUAGGGAGAGCAAAUGCAGGCAAAACGACCAUUCUCCAGAAGGUCUGUAACACUACGGAUGAACCAGAAAUUUACGAUACCAAAGGAAGAAAGAUCGAUACUAACGUCGUACAAUCCUCGAUCAAGCGCGGAAAUCACAACAUUGCAAACGAGAUGGUAUUCAAAAGCAAUCCCGGUUUUGUCUUUCACGACUCUUGCGGUUUCGAAGCGGGCUCUAAAGACGAGUUUGAGGACAUGAAGAAAUUCGUCUCAGAACGCGUACACGCGAAGAAACUGGAGGAGCGAAUCCAUGCCAUCUGGUAUUGUAUUCCGAUGGACGAACCAAGUCGAACAUUCCAGCUGUCGGAGGAGAAGUUCUUUUUGGAGUGCGACACUGGGAAGGUCCCUGUGAUCGCGGUGUUCACCAAGUUCGAGGCUCUGCGUCCAUUUGCGUAUGGUGAAAUCAAGAAGCAACUAAAAGACAUAUCGGCAGAAGAACGCUCAAAGAGGAUUGCUCAGCGUGUCGAAGAAAUAUUCGUCAACACACGUGUCUAUGAUCGGUUGUGCGACUCUAAAAACCGUACCCGUCCUAAGUUUUAUGUACGGUUGGAGAAUAUGAACAAGCCAAAUGCAAACUGUAAAGUUCUACUGGAACGCACCACUUUCGCAUUGGACAACGAACAAUUGCGGUUGUGCUUGGUGUCGACGCAACAAUCAAACCUGGAACUUGGUAUCAAGUGUGCCGUCGCAACACUCGUUGAUCGUGCACAUUCGCUAUUCGGGCCACUUCGAAUCGAUUAUGGAGUCUAUCAGUAUGACAUUGCUAAGUGGUUUUCGCACCUCAAAUUGGUAAGAUUGUGGUCUACAACGCUUGAACGACACAAACGACGCUGAUGCCUUAUUACUACUCGCCUGUUGACAGCAUUGGGUAAGUGUCAUGGUUGUUUCUAGUUCUCGACACAUGCUCACGAUCCUCAUUCAUCGCUGCUGCUCGCUUGCUGACAGCGGGUAAGUGCCUUGAUUUUUCCUAGUCCUCGACCCGUGCUCAUUAUUCCCGUUCCUUGCUACUGCUUGCCUGUUGACAGCGG